UUUGCGCCUCCCUUCUAUGGACGACCACCCACCCCGCUGCCCCCGUCUCCCUCCUUGACCUCCCUCCUCCGCCCCAAUUUCAGCACCCACAACACCUCCACUCUUGCGAGCACAGAUUUCCGCUCUCCCAAACAACCCAUCCCCCGCGCGAGUCCCAAAGUCCCCACGUACGAAUACUACGGCUUCACCCUCUAUCUCACCAGUAGUCUGGCCUUUAUCGUCUACUUACUCUGGUCAUUCCUUCCUUCUCCCUUCCUCCAUCAGCUGGGCAUCUACUACUAUCCCAAUCGCUGGUGGGCGCUCGCGAUACCCGCAUGGAUGGUGAUGUUGGUGCUGUACAUCUACGUCGCGCUGGCGGCCUACAAUGUGGGCUAUUUGACCAUACCGCUCCACAGAGUAGAAUGUUUGGUGGACGAGGCGGCAAAUGUGGCUGUGGUGGACGAGGGGGGCAAGGUCAUUCGGACUAAUGAGAGGGCGAGCUGGAGAGGCGUCAAGCGUCGCCAGUCGAGUACAGGUAAAGCUCAGCUCCAGCUACAAUCGAAAAGUCACCCGCCUCCCGAAUUGGAUUGGAGGACGUUGUGGACUGAAGGGACGGAUGCUGUGAUGGACAUACCCAUUGGAGGGGUUUGCGAGAUCUUGUAUGGCAAAUAUGAUGAUGACGAUCGCGACGACAAUGAU